AUGCCUCCACCACCACCACCACCACCACCACCAAGGAUGUCGCAUCCUGAGUCUGGCGACGAAGAGGAUUCCCUGUCCCCUCCUCCGAACAAUGCAGCAAGGAGAGAGGGAGCGCCAAAUCUACCGUCAGUCAGUGGGAUGUAUUCUCACUCAGACCUAUCAAGUACGCGAGACCCUAGACAGGCUUCUACAGCCAUGACCCAUCCAAGUGACCACAGUGAUGAUGGCCAAAGGGCGCUGCCGUUUUCUGAGCCGGCCCCUCGGGAGGCGUUCUCGGCGGCGUUCUCGGCGGCGCCCUCGGCCUCUUCUCCUCCCUCCUCUUCCCCUUAUCCUUCUAGCCAUACCAACAUCACAAUUGCCAGUAGAACAAGUAUUCUGACUCCCACAUCAGGGGCGGCAGACGGGACUAGCCCAUCAGCAGGAAUCAACGGCAGCAGUUCGCAGCAAUCACCGGCCGGCGGUUCGUCUUUUUAUGGCCACGGAAGCUGGGCUACGCCGGUGCCCCCGGGCAGCUACGGUUAUUCGGGCAACAAUUCCACCUCCGGGGCCUUCCAACGACCUAUUCCCUUCAAUUUUGCCUCCCCACUCUCACACAUACCAAGGUCAUCCGCCGUUCUCCAGUUCAGCAGGCGGCGGUGGUGGUGGCGGCAGUGGUGUGAAUGGAGGCGGGGGGCUAGGAACCAACGGUGCUGGCGGAAACAACGCUGGUGUGAAUGGGAGUGCUGGCUCUUUGGCUCUUUACGGUUCAAGCAUGCCUUCCCACUCCCAGGAAUCACCAUCACCGUCGGUUCUUGCUUUGCCCGAUCUCGCAGGUCAGGGCCAGGCAGCACCUCAGUCGUCGACGAAUCGAGGUUCACCGCCGGUCGGGUCAGAGUACCGUUCACUUCGGCGCCUUACUACCCAACAGUGUCGUCGCCGCAGCAAGGGACGUUCCCUUAUGCCUCCCAGCCCGGACCAUCCCCGAACGCCACGGGUGGGCCUCUCCCUGGGAGAAACCCCCUAGGUCCUCUGAUGCCAGGGAUGCAUUCUCCGAUAUAUGCCGGAUCCCAUCGGCCUCAUCACCAGCCCCCAGCCACGUAUCCUCCGUAUCCAAGCAUGCAGGGCUCGAUGAUGACCAACUUGCAUCAGCCAAACCAGCCCAUGGUGGUGUAUGGUCAUGUUUCUCAUCCGUAUCCGAUUCACAACUACGCGGGAUACCACCACCCGCAACCGCCGCUGCAAGAACGUCCUUUCAAGUGUGAUCAGUGUAACCAUAGCUUCAACAGAAACCAUGACCUCAAGAGGCAUUCAAGGAUACACUUGGCCGUCAAGCCUUUUCCAUGUGAUAACUGCGAAAGGACCUUCUCGAGGAAGGAUGCACUCAAGGUAUGUGUUCGACAAGUUUUUUUUUUUUGGUUGUCUAUCAGCUACAUGUGCUGA